CUUCGAUAGCUGCCGUGUAGUGAUCAAAAUGAAGAACUAUUUGGCUUCUCUGGUACUCGCCGUGUGUUUACUCACCGGCCCAGUUGCUAGUCAGUCGGCAACGGUAUCGAUCAAUAUUGGAGGAAGUGUUAUCACUUUAGCGUCGUCGGACUUGUCGACGAUAUUGGCUAUUGUAGCAGCGUUGCAAACAUCAACGACAACAACUGCAGCAACGACAACUGCUGCCGCUACUACAACCGUUGCCACCACUGCUGCUACUACAGCAGCUUCGACCACUACGACGGCAGCCACUACCGCUGCCACCACUGCGGCUACUACAGCAGCUACUACCACUACGACAGCUGCCACUACCGCUGCCACCACUGCUGCUACUACAGCAGCUACGACCACUACGACAGCUGCCACUACCGCUGCCACCACUGCGGCUACUACAGCAGCUACUACCACUACGACUGCUGCCACUACUGCAGCCACCACUGCGGCUACUACUGCUGCUACGACAACAACGACAGCUGCAACUACUGCUGCAACUACCGCUGCUACUACAGCUGCUACCACCACUACGACCGCUGCCACCACUGCCGCUACUACAGCAGCUACUACCACUACGACAGCUGCUACCACUGCUGCCACUACUGCCGCUACUACAGCAGCUACUACCACUACGACAGCUGCCACCACUGCUGCCACCACUGCUGCCACUACUGCCGCUACUACAGCAGCUACUACCACUACGACAGCUGCCACCACUGCCGCUACUACAGCAGCUACUACCACUACGACAGCUGCGACUACUGCAGCCACCACUGCUGCUACCACCACUACGACGGCUGCAACAACUGCUGCUACGACGACCACUACUGCUGCCACAACCGCUGCAACUACGACUACUACCACUGCUGCCACAACCGCUGCAACCACAACUACAACUACAGUAGCCCCGACAACUACGACUACUACAGUUGCACCGACUACCACAACCACUACUGCUGCACCGACUGCCACAACCACUACUGCAGCUACGACCACGACAGCGGCCCCUAGUGUGACUAUAACUCUUACUCUCAACGGAAAUACUAUCACCAUCGUCGCUUCUGAUUCGAGCUUGGUGAAUUUGUUGACACAAAUUUUGACAAGUUUGACAGCAACGACUACUACUGUUGCCCCGACUACCACAACGACUACUGCUGUCCCGACUACUACGACCACUACUGCUGCACCUACUACUACCACGACCACCACAGUUGCCCCGACUACUACGACCACUACUGCGGCACCUACUACUACCACGACCACCACAGUUGCCCCGACAACUACGACCACUACUGCUGCCCCAACUACCACGACCACAACUGUUGCACCUACCACUACCACGAUUGCUACCAGCACGACAACACGUAAAUGUGGAGUUGGCAUUGGAAUCGGAGGUGGAAUUAACAUUGGAGGACUGGGAGGAAUCGGAGGAAGCAUUGGUAUUGGUGCCGGUCUAGGAGGUAUCGGUGCUGGAAUAAAUGUGGGUGGAGGUUUGGGAGGACUCGGUGCCGGAUUUGGUGCUGGUAUCAAUCUUGGCGGAGCAGGAACCGGACUCAAUGUAGGUACUGGAAUUCGUCCGAUCGGAUCGCUUCUCGGAACGGUGAUCAAUACUGCUGGCAACGUGGCCGGCACUGCAAUUAACACGGCUGCCACUGGCAUUCGUCCGAUCGGAUCGCUGCUCGGAACGGCGGUCAAUACGGCUGGAAAUGUGGCCGGCACUGCAAUUAACACGGCUGGCACUGGCAUUCGUCCGAUUGGAUCGCUGCUCGGAACGGCGAUCAAUACGGCUGGAAAUGUGGCCGGAACUGCAAUUAACACGGCUGGCGGUGUGAUCAAUACGGCUGGCAAUUUGGCUGGCACUGCUGUCAAUACGGCUGGAAACCUGGCCGGAACUGCGAUCAAUACGGCCGGUGGCGCAGUGCGGGGAGUCGUUGGAACUGCUACCAAUGUGCUCGGUGCUGCCACAAACGUGGUUGGCAAUGUUGCCGGAGGACUCUUUGGUGGAUUGGCCAGCGGCAUUCAGGCUGCAUCCAAUGUUGGCUCCCGGUUGAACGUCGGAGGAAGUCUAGCCGGUAGUGGCGGACUCUUUGGAAGCAGACUGACUGCAGGCGCCGGUUUUGGAUUCGCUGGAUAAAAAGCGGAAAUCGGACCAAAAUCAAACCCGUUUUAUUCUGACUGAGCUGUUUUCUUUUUCUAUCUUUUAAACCUUCAAUAAAAACUGAUCUAUUUUGAGACCAA